AUGUACCAGAGUCAACCCCUUUAUGACAAUGGCAGUCCAGCCUUCAUGGAGCCAGCAAUCAUCCUUGCCCAGCUGGCCGAAGAGGAUGGCAUCUUUGACCAUGGCAUCAGCAUUGCCAGCAUGAUGGAGACAGCUGAUCCAGAAUACUUUAAAUAUGUGGGUGAGUUCCUUCCUAUUCCCAUUAAGGCUGAGGCCAAAGAUCGCUUUGUGCUUCAUGCAAUCAAGUCAGCAUUGUCUUCAGGAAGAGGUACCACUUCAGUAGCAAUGGCCCAGCAUCAAAGUGCCACUUCCACUUCCACUUUGCUUGCAGCUGACAACAACAGCCCAACAAGCAGCAGCAAUUGGGUCAUCUCGGAAUUGGCACCCUGGAUGACAAAUAUGUCUGAUGUUGCCACAAAAAAGAUUGCUCUUGCUGCUGGCAUGCCUGAAUACACAAUGUACUUGCUUUGA